AUGAAGAUUUCCAACACGACCGAACCAUUGUUAAAUGACACGGAUAGUGGAUUUAUUAGUAGCGAUACAAGCGAUAGCAUGCCCGCACUUCUACUAAACAGCAGUAGUGCUUCAGAACAUGAAAUGACGGAGGGAACCGUAAGAAUACAGGGGCAGGCGAGCCGUGUGGGUCAACACAACCGUAGAAUACAAUCUCAUGUACAUCGACAGGUAGACAGGUUAGAUGAGAGGGGAAGACGACUAGAGGACAUAGAAGUUAGCAGUCAGGAGACCCAAAGGACAUCAACGAUAGAUAACACAACGGAGAAUCGAUUCAGAGAAAAUGUUGUGUGGGAACAAGAGAAUAGGAAUCCGACGACCACAUUGACAUGGACUCUGCGGACCAUGCCGCGACAAGAGGAGCGCACGGAGCCAUGGGCAUCGAUACCGGAACGAGAGUCGACUCAAAUCAAGAAGGAUAUCCAGAAGAAUAAGGAGGAUUUGGACGAACUGUAG